AUGAAAAUCAAGUCCCUCACGAGGCCACCUGCGCCUCCGGGCGAGGGUUCCGUGCGACAACCUCGAAAUCUCGACCCAAGCCAUCACCCUUUCGAGCGGGCCAGGGAAUAUACAAGAGCCCUCAAUGCUGUUAAAAUGGAACGCAUGUUCGCCGCGCCGUUCAUCGGCCAGUUGGGCGAGGGUCAUGUCGACGGUGUCUAUUCUAUGGCAAAGGACCCCGGCUCAUUGGAGAGACUCGCCAGUGGAAGCGGCGAUGGUGUGGUCAAAGUAUGGGACCUUGCAAGCCGCGAAGAAUGCUGGAGCGUCAGAGCACAUGAAAACGUAGUUAGAGGUUUGUGUUGGACCCCGGAAAGGAAACUCGUCUCUUGCGCCACCGACAAGACGGUCAAAGUCUGGGAUCCCUACAACGGAGAGCAGAACGGAGUGCCUCUGACAACUUACUUUGGCCAAGGGGCAUUCACUGAUAUCUCGCAUCACCGCAACCACCCUUCAUUUGCUGCUUCAUCGAGCGCAAUAUCCAUCUAUGACCUAUCCAGGCCUGCUUCUGGGCCUUCUCAAGUCUUGCGGUGGCCCACCUCGAGUGACACGAUCACCUCUGUUUCCUUCAAUCAGAUAGAGACAUCUAUCCUGGCGUCAGCAGCCCUGGAUAGAGCUAUUGUCCUCUAUGAUCUCCGCACCUCUUCGCCCGUGAGCAAAGUGGUACUGAAACUGGCAUCCAAUGCCAUCUCUUGGAACCCGAUGGAAGCCUUCAAUUUCGCAGCAGCAAAUGAGGAUCACAACAUCUACAUGUUUGACAUGCGGAAAUUGGACAGGGCACUGAACGUGUUGAAAGAUCACGUGGCUGCGGUCAUGGACGUCGAAUUUAGCCCCACGGGUGAAGAGUUGGUGAGUGCAUCAUACGAUCGGACCGUACGGCUAUGGAACAGAGAUCGCGGUCAUUCAAGAGAUGUGUACCACACGAAGCGAAUGCAAAGGGUAUUCAGCUGCCGUUUUACCCCAGACAACAACUACGUCUUGUCCGGCUCAGAUGACGGCAAUGUAAGGUUAUGGCGCGUUGAUGCAUCGAGUCGACAGGGCAUCAAAUCCGCAAGGCAACGACAAAAGCUUGAAUAUGAUCGUGCCCUGGUCCAGAGAUAUGCUCAUAUGCCGGAAAUUCGACGUAUUAAACGCCACCGGCACCUGCCCAAAACUGUUAAGAAAGCUGCGGAAAUCAAAGGAGAGGAGAUCAAGUCGAUCAAGAGGAAAGAGGAGAACGUUCGAAAACAUAGCAAGAAGGGCAGUAUGCCUCGACACAGCGAGAGAGUAAAGAUGAUUCUUGGGACUGAAAAAUGA